GGGAAGCUUGCUGUUCUAGUAUUUAAAGUUGACCAACUUAGUGCACUGCUACUUCUCUGUGUUUCUGGACACUCUGUGUUUGUCUGUACAGACUCUGAUAGCUGUUGAAGAUGAAGACUGUCAUUCUGCUGGUCAUUUUCACGGUCGGCCUGAACUCUCCUCUCGGUCGCUGCUCCUGCCCGUAUCCACCGGCAAAGUGGUGUUCCUCCGUGAGCUCGGCCGUUCAGUGCGGAGUCCUGAAGCACUGCCUGGAGAGCAACAUAAGCAAGUCUCAUCUAACAGCCGAGCCUGUCCAGGUGGGGCUUUACUAUGAGAGCCUGUGUCCAGGCUGCAGGGCUUUUCUUGUGAACAUGCUCUUCCCCACCUGGAUCCUGCUGAAUGACAUCAUGUCUGUCGAUCUGGUGCCCUACGGCAAUGCACAGGAAAAGACUCAAGGACAGAAAUAUGUUUUUGAGUGCCAGCAUGGGGAAGACGAGUGCCUGGGCAACAUGAUCGAGACUUGCUUACUGAACAUGACUGAAAUGGCUUUCCCAAUCAUCUUUUGUAUGGAGUCGUCCUCUGAUGUUCUGGCUUCAGUUGAGAGCUGUCUGAAGGUGUACGACCCUCAGCUAAGCAUGGACAAAUUGAACACUUGCUUGAAAGGAGAUCUGGGAAACCAGCUGAUGCAUCAGAAUGCUCAACAAACCGCAAGCUUGAAGCCUCCACACCAGUAUGUGCCCUGGGUGACCAUCAAUGGGGAGCACACAGAGGACCUCCAACAAAAGGCCUCAACUUCACUUUUCAGUCUGGUUUGCAGCAUGUACAAGGGCUCAAAGCCACCUGCCUGUGGGGGGAGCCAAACACAACACUUCAAAAGUUACUGUCACAAUGAGUGAUUGAGCGAGUUGGAUCUAUGCUCCACCAAAGUGCCUGGAGAACACCGUCCACUUGUUAUAUCUGUUUGUCACUCUGGAACAUAUUAGAACACCAAAACUACAUUUUUAUGUAAUGUUUUAAUAACGGAAAAUACAUACUACUUUUACCAAAAA